UGUCGCCCUUCUGUUAUUAUUUGACGAAAUUUCAUGUGAUUAUUGAGAUGUUUGUUUUCUCUGUUUUACAAAUAUGAUAUUCACUGUCAUGUAGAUUAUAUACAAACCCCAUUGAGUCAAAUACACAGAAACUCAGAAUGUCGUGUUAUGGAUGUGGAACUUCUUUCAGUUUAUUUAAAAAAGAGCAUGGCUGUAAAAAUUGUGGAUUUGCCUUCUGUAAUUCCUGUCUAAACAAGAAGAUAGCUGUCCCCAAACUGAAGAAUGAAAAACACCAUGUGUGCAAUAAGUGUUUCAACAUCUUAACAGGAAAAAUAAAACCCCAGGAUGAUUCUGGAAGAUAUUCUCCUCCUCAGGCAUACAAAAAGCGUGUGGCAGCAUUAGAAGAGAGAGAAAAGGGUGGAGGCAGUCAUGGUAGUAAUCCACAUCAUACAAAACCAGCUGGCAAACCAGAAUAUAAACACCUGGCAAAACCUGAGAGGGAAAUACAGGAGAGAUUAGAUAAGUUAAAGGAAGAUAGAAUACAAAAAGAAAAAAACAGUCCAUCGCAAAAAAAUAUAGAAGAAAGACUUUCAAAGUUAAAAGGAGAAAAUGCAGCCACAGCAGCAGUUUCUAAAAAAACAGCAUACCAUGCUCCAGACAGAAGAACACAGCAGGAUCAAAUUAAUGACUUAUUGGAUGAAAUUGGAGAUGAAAUAGAAAUAGAUUCACAUAGACCUGACCCUGUUAAGGACAUUGAAAAUAGACUAGCUGGUCUGAGAGGAAAUCCAGAAUCUGACAAACCAAGUAAUGGAGAAUCUAAAAAACCAAGUAACAAUCUGAACAGGGAAGACUCACAAGAAACAGUGCCAUAUACAAAGAAUAUAGAUAACACACAAACAACAGACACACGAACAAAUGAUGAGAUUCCAUUAGAAGAAAUGCAGAGGUUGAUAGCAGAGGCAUCAAAAGAGUUAGAUGUAGAUGCACAUAAAGCAUUAGAAGAUCUACAGAAAGACAAAGAUAUCAUGAAAAGACUACAGGAAGUGAAAAAUAAAAAGAAAGAGGAUGUGAAUAAAGAUACUGAUGAAAAAAGUGCCGAUGAAAUAUCUGAUAGUGAUAAUGAGAAUGAAGAAACAUUGACUAUGAAUCUCAUAAAACAAAUAUUAGAAGAAAACAAAUUAGAUGAAGCAGCAGCUAAGGAUGGGGUAAACACUUCAGAGACAAGCUCUUUGAAGGAAGAAAAAAAUAAAACAUCUUCAAAGGAUUCAAAGAAAAGUAAAGAAAAAUCAAAGAAAGACGACAAGAAAUCUAAGAAAGUACUGAAUACAGAGCCAAAAAGACAACAGGUGGAGGAAAACAAUAGUGAUGUUGAUGAUGAUGAUGAGUUGCCAUAUUGUGUGAUGUGUACAGAAGAUGCUUCAAUGCGUUGCCAUGGCUGUGACCUGGACCUAUAUUGUGACAGAUGUUGGAAAGAGAGUCAUGUCCAGUUUGAAAUGGAUGAUCAUGUGACCUCAAAAUAUAUUCAGAAGAAAGGAAGGACUUAGCAACAUUAUACUCAUUUAUACAUUAUCUGCCAUGGCAUUUUUAUUAUGCAAAUCUUUACAUUUGCUUGUUUAGGAUAUGAUAUAGCAUAAGAUUUCAAAGAUACAAUGGUUUUCUCAAAUAUCAUUGAUGACGCCACUUGUAUUCAUUGCCAAUGAUAAACAAGUCCAGAAUAUGUGAAUUAGACACUGAUAUGCAAAGGGAGAUAACUUUAUUUUAAAUUUUUAUGAAUUCUGAAGAUUGCAUAAUACAAUUGUUUUCCAGUAAGCUAUAAUAGUAUCAAUUUUUUCUCUCUUUUUUUUUACACAUUUUUAGUGGUCUCCCUUACCUUUCAAUACAUGCCAUGUCAAUGUUUAGAAAAGAAUUCUAAGUAUUUUAAUUGGCAAAAGAAAUUAAUUAAGAGAAAUGAAUUCUCUUCAUUCAAUAGAAAAGUCAACAAGGAUCUUAAAUAACAAAUAUCAGAUGCACACCACAACCAAUUAGUAUAGGUCAUACUCUUUAAUUUUAAAUUUCAUUUCUAUGUCUGCUACCAUGUUACGCAAUUGUUAAUUGUUACCUAAAUGCUGUUUUAAUGUUUCCUAUCCAAAUCUUAAAUGACAAGUGUAAGCUAUUUUUGCAUCUGUUGUAUAUCCAUAGUUUUCAUACUCAUUAUUUAAAAUUGAUAAAAAAUAAAUCUCCUCUAAAUCCACAGAGUCCCUUAAAGCCAACUUAAUCACAAUUAUUUUAACAUUGUGUAGUUUCAGAGCUAAGCAUAUAUUUUCCGUCUGAUGUAUUAAAAAAUGUCUGUUGUUACUGAAAAAAAUACAUAUUAGAAACUUGAAAAAUCUUUUAUGGCCUUCUGUUUGUAUUUUUUGCUAAGAUUAGUUUAUAGAUUUUGUACAAGUAUUGGCAAAGUUCACAAGAAUUCCAUUUUUAAAUUAGUUGAA